AUAAAUGAUGUGAAGGACUGUUAGACAUGCAAUACAUUUACACAUUUGUGAUAUUAAAUGCCGUCCAAUGGGUUGUGUUAACCCAAACGCAAACCCAAUCGCAUACUAAACCACUGAUUAUCUCAACCAAUAAUUCCGUAACAAAUGUCUUGACCGACACCACAAGGAGUCCCCGAUUAGAGCCUAUCGUACGGUUCGUGUCGACGGCCGCCACUCCGAGAACAGUAUUCCUCACGUCUUCCUCAGUCACCACAACCACUGAGAGCCACACCUCCUGUCGCACAGACAACGACUGUCCCAUACAUUCCCACUGCUCUUCGCGACUGACCUGUGUUUGCGAUCAUUUAUAUUCCGGACUUCCCCCGAACUGUAAGCCAUUGAGUGGAUGUGAUUCCAAUCCAUGUCUCAACAAUGGUUUAUGUCAUCCGUGGCCUUCUUCUAACACUAAUGAUAGCUCGAGUGCGAGCUAUAGCUGUGAGUGUGAGCAGGGCUUCCAUGGAAUCAAUUGCCAACUCUUUGACAACAAUUGCAAACAUAAUAACGACUGUCAGAAUGGAGGCCAAUGUCUGGACGGAGUCUGCAGCUGUAUUAAUGGUAUUCUCACUAAUAGUAAUCACUAA